CUUCCUUUUUUUUUUUCUAAAAAACAUUUCCCCUCAUCUCCACCCUCGGCCGAUCUUUUUCUCCCCCAGCGAGAAACCCUCCCCCUUCCGCCGUGACGCGAUGUUGGGAGUGAGGCGAGCCCCGCGUCCUUAAAGGCCCCUUCCCCCCUCCGUGGGCCUUCUCGAACCGCCCCUUUUGACACCUCCUUCCCCGUCUCCUCUGCCGCCCCCAAAGAAUCCUGCAAACCCUAAAGUUCUCUCCUCCCCCUUCCCCUCCUCGACGCGACCUCCCCAGAUCCGCCGCGUCCUCCUUCAGAUUCCACCCUUUUGAGAUCCUCUUGGGUUUUCAUGUUUUGCGAUGUCGUCCAUCCUGCCGAAGAGCGAGACCGUCCAGAUCCGGGAGGUGUGGAACGAUAACCUCGACGCGGAGUUCUCCCUGAUUCGCGAGAUUGUUGAUGAUUUCCCUUUUGUUGCCAUGGACACCGAGUUUCCGGGCAUCGUAGCCCGCCCUCUCGGCAACUUCAAGACGAGCUCCGACUUCAACUACGCUACCCUCAAGGCAAACGUCGACAUGCUGAAGCUGAUCCAGUUGGGGCUUACCUUCUCGGACGAAUUCGGCAACCUCCCGACCUGCGGCACCGGCCGCGGGUGUGUUUGGCAGUUCAACUUUCGCGAGUUCGACGCGCAGCGCGAUAUCUUUGCAUCCGAUUCCAUUGAGCUCCUUCGCCAGAGCGGCAUAGAUUUCAAGAAGAACAACGAGAGGGGCAUCGACGCCAGCCGCUUCGGAGAGCUUCUCAUGUCGUCCGGCAUUGUGCUCAAUGACUCUGUCCACUGGGUCACGUUUCAUAGCGGCUAUGAUUUCGGAUAUCUUCUUAAGCUUCUCAGCUGCCAGAACCUUCCCGAUACCCAGGCCGGCUUCUUUAAUCUCAUCAAGAUCUUCUUCCCGACGGUUUAUGACAUCAAGCACCUGAUGAAGUUCUGCAAUAGCCUCCAUGGGGGGCUCAACAAGCUCGCCGAGCUGCUGGAUGUUGAGAGAGUUGGGAUCUGCCACCAGGCCGGGUCGGACAGCCUGCUUACCUCGUGCACCUUUAGGAAGUUGAAGGAGUCAUUCUUCAAUGGCUCCACUGAGAGAUAUGCAGGCGUGUUGUAUGGUCUGGGUGUUGAGAAUGGACAGAAUACUCAUUGAGUUAUAUAAAAAAGUAUCAAUAUCAAUAAUAUUAAGAAGUGAAUGAAUGAAAAAAGUUUGUUUGGUGAGUA